AUGGGUUUUAAAGCUGCAGGUAAGGAUGAUUUGGUAUGUAAAUUGAAGAAAUCUCUUUAUGGAUUGAAGCAAUCACUGCAACAAAUGAAUGGUGAGCAUAUUUAUUUGUUAUAUGUUGACGAUAUGCUCAUUGCUUCCAGAAAUUCUUCAGCUAUUAGGAAGUUGAAAAAUGAAUUGUCAUCCGAAUUUGAGAUGAAGGACCUUGGAGAAGCAAAGAAAAUAUUGGGUAUGAAAAUUGAGAGAGACAGGGUGAAAGGGAAGUUGAACUUAACACAGAGGGGCUACUUGCAAAAGAUGCUGAAAAAAUUCAGUUUUGAUGGUAAUGCUAAGGCGGUGAGUACUCCAUUAGCUCCUCACUUUAAGCUACCAGCUAAGAUGUUACCUGUUUCAGUUGAGAAUCGUGAAUACAUGUCCAAAGUUCCAUAUGCCAAUACUAUGGGUAACUUGAUGUAUGCAAUGAGGUCGCGGUCUUUCCGUUGGCUGCUGCGUUCGGGGGCUUUUCAGGAGAGGCUCUUGGCUGACGAUCUCUUCUUGGCUAAGGUCGCCAUGGAGUGUGGCGUUGGCAUUUUCACCAAGACUGCUGCAGAGUGGGAACGGCGCAGAGAAAAUUUCAUGAAAGAAUUAGAUUUUGUUAUUGCUGACGUGGUCAUGGCGAUAGUUGCAGAUUUCAUGCUUGUUUGGCUUCCUGCUCCAACUGUUUCUCUAAAACCACCUAUUGCAAUCAGUGCUGGAGCUAUUUCAAAAUUCUUUUACAGCUGUCCUGAGAACGCUUUCCAGGUUGCCCUGGCUGGUACAUCCUACUCCUUUUUGCAGAGAUUAGGUGCAAUUGCACGCAAUGGAUCAAAACUUUUUCUAGUUGGAACCAGUGCAUCACUUAUAGGAACAGGGGUAACAAACGCACUGAUUAGAACGAGAAAGGCAGUAGACAAAGAUUAUGAUGGUGAAGCAGACGAAGUCCCUAUACUCUCAACCAGUGUUGCCUACGGUGUAUACAUGGCCGUUUCCAGUAACCUUAGGUAUCAGAUACUGGCCGGUAUAAUUGAACAGCGAAUUCUGGAGCCAUUGCUACACAAUCAUAAGCUCAUGCUAAGUGCAUUGUGCUUUGCAGUUCGUACAGGAAACACAUUUGUCGGAUCUUUGUUGUGGGUUGACUAUGCUCGUUUGGUAGGCAUACAAAAGGUUCGCGAAUAAGACCCCUUAACAAAAAUAGCUUAUUAUCUAUUUUAAUUUAGAUGGUGAAAGCUUGCCCCGGAGGUCUGCUUCCCAAUUUUCUACAGAACCAAAGUAGAGCAAUCUGAGUUUUCUUUGGCAGUUGAUAUACUGUUUUAUUUGGCAUCAUCUUUGCGAUUCUUCUUUGUAUUUUGCAUGCUUAUGCACUGAUGUUGGUAGUUAAUUUUGACUUGGUAGAUUAUUUAAAAUGUACGUUCCAUAUAUAAUUUCCAUGGUUUUUGAUAAAUC